GAAAACGCAGCUCGACAACUGAAUACUGGAUUUUAAAUCACCUCAAUAGAAGUUGCGUUGCCUCAGUUCAGCUCUAUGUUGUUAACACAUGUGUGUGUCAUGCACAUUUCUUUCUCUGCUCCCAAAAGACCAUGCAAUUCCAAGCAAUUUGAAUUUUUAAAAUACAAGACAUAAGUAAUGAUUUAAUAAUUCUAUUACUGGAGUAUUUUUUGUCAAGGCACAUGUGGAUGAUUGCAUACAGCCGCCUACGUUUUAGGGUCCUGGAGUUGUGAAUGGAUUUACACAAAACAUAGCCAUCAAAACUAUCACCUGUGUCCUUUCCUACAAGUCAAAAGUCCAUUAAGGAUGGUCAUUUAAUAUGUAAAUCUACAAAUGAAGUUAUGUUUUUCUGGAUUCUCCAGCAUGCCAUGUGAAGUGAAGCCUCGGUUUGUGGUUCUCUACGGAUCUCAGAAGGGCCAAGCCGAGUCCCUCGCCGAAGGAAUAGCUGAGGAGGCCGAGGAGCACGGACUGGUUGCUGAGCUCAGUUGCUUGAGCCACACUGAGAAGUACAAUUUGGAGAAGGAGAAUGCCCCAGUGGUCUUUAUUGUGUCUACUACUGGAGACGGGGAACCACCAGACAAUGCCCUCCAAUUUGUAAAGCGCAUCAAGAAGAAGACCCUCUCCACUGACCACUAUACACACCUUUGCUAUGCACUUUUAGCUUUAGGAGACACAAAUUAUGCAGAUUUCUGCAACUGUGGGAAGACAAUUGAGCGUCGUCUGCAGGAACUCAGAGCAAAACAAUUCUAUGCGACGGGAUAUGCAGAUGAUGGUGUAGGGCUGGAGGUGGUUGUGGAACCCUGGAUUGAGGGACUGUGGAAAGCAAUCAAAGGAGCCUUAUCAAAAAUGGCUUCUGAUAAGUCUGACGUUUUGAAAGGAGAAGCAGGGGGACCAAAGGAAACUCCUGAUUCAUCCAUACCGCAUGUCCAACUUAACCUCUUGGGAAUAACUGACCACCAAAGCUGCGAGUCGAUCAAAGCAUCCGCAGAAACGCUCUCCAAAUUUGCUUCAUCUUCUGCUACACAGACUGCUGUUUCUGAUCUCAGGCCAGCUUUUCCUGCAGGCAGCCCUGUGUUGGCGUCGCAGUCUCGUGGUACUGCCAGUGUUUCCACAUCGGCACCGAAGACGCAGACUGGGAAUGCUGGAGUUCCCGGUGUUGCAUUGGCGGCCUCACUGACAUGCUCCCUCCCGCCGCUGUCUGAGUUGCCUCUUAAUGUUCCUGCUCUGCCUCCUCCCUACCUCGAUGUCUCUCUUCAGGAGGUGGACUCAGUGGAACAGAUUGUUGGACCGUUGAACAAAGAGACUCUCCAUGCGGCUCCCAUAUCCAGGGCGGUUCAGCUGACCAGAGGAGAUUCAGUCAAGAGGGCCCUUCUCUUAGAGCUGGACAUUUCUGCUCCCCCGAUGGUGACCUAUCAUCCAGGGGACUCGUUUGAUGUGUUCUGCCCAAACAAAGCCGAGGAGGUGGAGGACGUGCUCCACCGACUGGGCCUUCAUGACCAGAGGAACCACCGAGUACACAUGUCUCUUAGUAAAGACACCAAGAAAAAAGGUGCCCAGCUGCCAUCCUACCAUCAGCUGCCAUCCAUGUCCCAGAACAUUUCUCUGCUGUACCUGCUCACAUGGUGUCUAGAGAUCAGAAGUGUGCCUAAGAAGGCAUUUCUGCGAGCGCUGGUGGAGCACACGGGCGACGGUGUGCAGAAGAGGAGACUGCAGGAGCUCUGCAGCAGACAAGGCAACGCGGACUACAACCUGUACGUGAGAGACUCCAGCCUCAGCGUCCUGGAGCUCUUCGCAGCCUUCCCAUCCUGCUCGCCUCCUCUCAGCCUCCUCAUAGAGCUUUUGCCGAAACUGCAACCCAGGCCUUAUUCAGCAGCCAGCUCCUGUCUUAGGUACCCAGGAAAGCUGCAUUUUGUCUUCAAUGUGGUAGAGUUCCCAGCAUGCUCUGGGCGGCUUGCGGGGAGGCGAGGCUUGUGUACCGGUUGGCUGUUUGACCUCAUCAACCCUGUCCUGGUUUCACCUGAGAAGGAGGAAUCCUCCAACAGCCCUGCUCUGCCAAAGAUCCAUGUGAGUUUGAGACCCAACUGCUCCUUUCGGCCUCCCUCCGACCUGUCGGCGCCCUUCAUCAUGGUCGGACCGGGGACGGGAGUUGCCCCCUUCAUUGGCUUCCUCCAGCAAAGAGAGCAGGAGAGGAAGGAGAACCCUGAGGCCGUAUUUGGCGAGACCUGGCUGUUCUUUGGUUGUCGCCACAGAGACAGAGACUACCUUUUCAGAGAGGAGCUGGAGGGCUUUGUGUCCAGCGGUACACUGAGCCAUCUCAAGGUGUGUUUCUCCAGAGAUGAGGAGGAGGAGGAGGCCACAACCUCAGCAGCACGACCCAGAUACGUGCAACACAACCUGCUACGUAACAGCCAACACAUCACCGACAUCCUGCUCAAACAGAACGGUUACUUCUAUGUCUGCGGAGAUGCUAAGAACAUGGCUAAAGACGUGAACGACGCUCUGAUGGAGAUGAUCCAAACAGAGCUGCAGGUGGACCAACUGGACGCCAUGAAGACACUGGCGGGGCUGAGAGAGGAGAAACGCUACUUACAGGACAUCUGGGGCUGACAGCAGACGACCAGAUGAAGGCAUUUUGCAGCAUCCACUCGGCCUUUUUUACAACUUAAAAAAAAAAUAAAAAUCAGCAUGCUCAGCUGUAACCUCUGAAACCAUAAAAUUGUGGAUGCUGAAUCCCGGAGGUAGUUUACACCAGCCAAUGCUACCUAGAUGGAAUUCACCAUGCUGACCCGGGAUAUCGGUUCACUACAUCAUCUUGGGCUCUGCUGUUUGAACAGAAAUUAUCUUGGUCAGGGCAAUAGAGCUGGAGAUUGGUCCUGCAGUGUGAAAAUGCUUUUAGUGUAGACAAGCCUCCUCCGCUCGUCCUGUCUGGGGAAAAGGCAUUUACUUCCAUCGGUUUGCGAUGGAGUGAUUUUGAUGAGACUGGGGGUGGUCUGACCUAGAUGGAAAACCACACAGCAAUCUGUAGGUCUUUACCAAGGCGCGCGCGCACACACACACACACACACACACACACACACACACACACAGAAUGUGCUAGCCAGACCACCACGAUUUACCUCAAGUCAUCAAUAAGCAAUUCUUUUAAUUUUUUAAGAUGGUUUUACUUUAGUAUUGUAUAAACAUCAUCAUCUUUUCAUCUCAACUACUCAGGAAGUAGUUUACUUUUUAUCUUGUUUUUAAGGUAAUAAAGACAGAUUUUAAUGUAGGCAAAAACCCCUAAAAACAAGUCACAUUUUCAAGUCCUUGGAGACGAUGACGGUUAUCACAUUUGUCAUUUUACUGUGUGCAGAGGGUGUGGUUCUCAGUGAUAAUGUGCAGCUCCGACCAGAGCUAUUUGUUUAACUGACUUUGUUUGUGCUUCUCUGACACCACAUACUGAGCAGGCUGCCAGUUUGGAGACCGUGAACUUUUCUAAAUCCUGCAAAACCCGACUAAAAUCUCCCAAACGGUGGUUAAAACAAACACAGCUGUGCCUUGUGUCAUCAGGAAUUAAACGACAUUUCAGCCGAAA